UCAUAUAAAUUUGCUCCUCUGUGGAGGAAACAAAUCCUGCAAAAUCACAACAGAAAAAAAAGAGAGAAGGAUUGAGAAGGGGAAAAAAUGGCUUUGAAGCUAAAUGCCUUCAAUUUCCAAUCUCACAAGUAUUCUUCUUUUGCUCUUCCACCUAUGCUCAGUCUUAGAUCUCCCAAGUUCUUCAUGGCUGCAAGCCUUAGUUCUGGUACAAAGGAGGUUGAGAACCUGAAGAAACCCUUUUCUCCUCCUCGUGAGGUUCAUGUUCAAGUAACACACUCUAUGCCACCUCAAAAGAUUGAGAUUUUUAAAUCUCUGGAGGGAUGGGCAGAGCAAAAUUUAUUGACUCUCCUGAAACCAGUGGAAAAAAGCUGGCAACCACAGGAUUUCCUGCCCGAUCCUGCAUCUGAUGGAUUUCAUGACCAAGUCGAGGAAUUGAGGGAGAGGGCUAAGGAGCUUCCAGAUGAUUAUUUUGUUGUUCUCGUUGGUGAUAUGAUCACUGAAGAAGCCCUUCCGACAUAUCAAACCAUGCUUAAUACCUUGGAUGGUGUUCGUGAUGAAACUGGUGCAAGCCCUACUUCUUGGGCCAUUUGGACAAGAGCUUGGACUGCCGAAGAGAACAGGCACGGUGACCUCCUCAACAAGUAUCUUUACCUUUCCGGAAGAGUUGACAUGAGAGCAAUUGAGAAAACAAUUCAAUACUUGAUUGGAUCUGGAAUGGAUCCUAGGACAGAAAACAGUCCAUACCUGGGAUUUAUCUACACAUCUUUCCAAGAAAGAGCAACUUUUGUCUCCCAUGGGAACACAGCUAGACUUGCUAAGAAGCAUGGAGACAUGAAGCUGGCUCAAAUCUGUGGCACGAUUGCUGCAGACGAGAAGCGCCAUGAAACAGCCUAUACCAAGAUUGUUGAAAAGCUUUUCGAGAUCGACCCUGAUGGCACUGUGCUGGCAUUUGCUGAUAUGAUGAGGAAAAAGGUAUCAAUGCCAGCACACUUGAUGUACGAUGGUCGUGACGAUAACCUCUUUGAUCACUUCUCAGCAGUUGCUCAACGUCUCGGCGUGUACACUGCUAGUGACUAUGCAGAUAUACUGGAGUUCCUUGUCGGUCGAUGGAAAGUGUCUGAUCUUACUGGAUUAUCGGGAGAAGGAAGAAAAGCUCAGGAAUACGUAUGCGGGUUGACAGCAAGAAUCAGAAGAUUGGAAGAGAGAGCUCAGGGGAGGGCAAAAGAAGGACCAAUCAUGCCAUUUAGCUGGAUAUAUGACAGAGAGGUGAAGCUCUGAGCUGCAGAAACAAGGCAGAGAGACUCUUGCUCAUAAUAGGGGAUCUUCUAUUAUAGAUAGUGCGUUCAAAUCUCUUUUAGAGUCUUUGCAGUUCAUUGUUAUUAUUCCUUUUGCUGGGGGUGAUUUCUGGUGAGAUGUAGAUACAGUUGUUUCUGUUUUGUGUUGUGUUUUAGGUCUGCUAUAUAGAGGGCAACUGUAGCUUCUUUGUUUUUGUUUUCUCUUGAAAUGUUCUCAACUGCAUGAGUUUGUUUUUCCUUGCCUAGUGUGUUGUCACUAAACAUAACAUCAGUCUUAAAGAAAUUUUGACGAUUAUCA